CCAAUUAAUAAUUUAAGCAAAUCAGCUCAAAGAAUAAGAGUAAAUAAAAUUGCCAGACAAGAAUAUCAAACUUUUAAUAAAGAAAAUAAAAUUCUUUAUCAUUCUGAUGAUUAUUCUACUUUUCAAUCUUUAACUUAUAAAGUUUCUGAUCAAACUUGGACAAUUCAAUAUAAUUCUAAAGAUAAAAUAAAUGAACAACAACAGAUUAAUAAAAUUGUUUAUGAUCUUGAUCAAAAAAAUAUAUCAAGAGAAGCUUAUAGAGCUUUAGCAGCAAUAUCUUUUGACUUGCCUCAAGAAUAUACAAUUGCAACUGCUCAAAAUCAAAUAAAUAAAAUAAUGCAAAAAGUAGUUUCAAUUCAAGUUCUUGAUAUUGAUAGUUUAGAAUAUACAGAAACAGAUAAUCUAGAUAAAGAUAUUGAAAUACAUAUUAAUAAUUCACAAAUAAUUAAAGAUGUUACUGAAUUAAUUGGCAAAUGUGGAUAUAGAA